AUGAUAGCCUGAGGAAAGCGAAGUUCCACAGAGGACCCCAGAGGCCACAUUCCCACUAGCUACUACCAGCUAGUGCCUAGUGUGGAAGCUUUCCUGCUAUAACAAUGGACAUGGAUGGAGCCAAGCCAUCAGUGAUCAGUCCCGUGAACCUCCACUCUCUCUCUCUCUCUCUCUAGAACUUUGCUUCCCUCUGGUUGCUGCACAGCACCACCAUGAGUGGCAAUGUGGAGAGGAAGGUGAAGCUGGCGGAGGUGUCCCUGAGGGCCCUCCUCUGCGGGCUGGGCGCCCUGGCGGCGGCGCUGGUGGCCACCGACAGCCAGACCAGGACCUUCUUCUCCUUCCAGAAGAAGGCCAAGUUCACCGACAUGAAAGCCAUGGUGUUCUUGGUGAUUGCCAAUGGCGUGGCCGCCGGGUACAGCCUGCUGCAGGCGGCGAGGUGCGGCGUCGCCAUGGCGAGGGGCAGCCCGCUCCUCAGCAAGGCCCUGGCCUGGUCCGUCUUCUCCUGCGACCAGGCGUUGGCGUACGUGAUGCUGGCUGCGGCGGCGGCGGCGCUGCAGGCGUCGGUGGUCGCGAAGCGCGGGCAGCCGGAGCUGCAGUGGAUGGGGAUCUGCAGCCUCUACGGCGCGUUCUGCAGGCGGGCCGGCGGGGGCGUCGCCAGCGCCGUCGCCGCGGGCCUCGCCGCCGUGCUGCUAGCCUUCCUGUCGGCGUUCAACCUGUUCAGGCUCUACGGCAAAAGCGGCGGCGGCGGCGCUAGGAAUGUCGCGACGUGGUAGCUUAGUGUAGCGCAUCUUCGGUGCUUCAAGGUGGCACGUGUGUCGUGGUGCCUCUAUUGCAACAUCAUCGGACAGAUGACGUGUGAAUUUAGCCACCCAUGCUUAGCUAAUUAAGCAUCGAUGCUUGUGUGGGUGCUAAAUUCCUCAAGAAGUACAAGACCAGGCAACAUACUCAUGCCACUACCCAACGAUUUUAUAUUAUAUACAUCUCUUGUAUAUGUACAACGUAAUCUUAUUAAGACGGACGUGGAUGAUUGCUUAGAAAUUUGCAAGAUUAAGUUCAAUCGUGGUAAGUGGACUGGGCUCUGGUGUUAGAUAGAAACCACUUUUGAGUUCCCUGAACAAAUGGAGUCACAUUCUCUAGCAGAAGCAACAUCCAUGCUUUGCAUAUGUAUGAUGUAUGUUAACAACUUUGUUAAUUUUCA